AUGAAAGCAGCACCUGCGAUCGGCUCAACUGCCACUUCCAAACCCACGGCUAAAGACCAGGACACAGACAGAUCACCGCCACAACCGCUGCACCACGGCCUGGAGCUGCACCACGGCCUGGAGCUGCACCAAGGCCUGGAGCUCGGUCCGGAGCUGUACCAAGGCCUGGAGCUGCACCAAGGCCUGGAGCUCGGUCCGGAGCUGUACCAAGGCCUGGAGCUGUACCAAGGCCUGGAGCUGUACCAAGGCCUGGAGCUGCACCGCGGCCUGGAGCUGCACCGCGGCCUGGAGCUGCACCAAGGCCUGGAGCUGCACCAAGGCCUGGAGCUGCACCAAGGCCUGGAGCUGCACCAAGGCCUGGAGCUGCACCAAGGCCCGGAGCUGUACCAAGGCCUGGAGCUGCACCAAGGCCCGGAGCUGCACCAAGGCCUGGAGCUGCACCAAGGCCUGGAGCUGCACCAAGGCCUGGAGCUGCACCAAGGCCUGGAGCUGCACCAAGGCCCGGAGCUGCACCACGGCCUGGAGCUGCACCAAGGCCUGGAGCUGCACCAAGGCCUGGAGCUGCACCAAGGCCUGGAGCUGCACCAAGGCCCGGAGCUGCACCAAGGUCCGGAGCUGCACCAAGGCCUGGAGCUGCACCAAGGCCUGGAGCUGCACCAAGGCCUGGAGCUGCACCAAGGCCUGGAGCUGCACCAAGGCCUGGAGCUGCACCAAGGCCUGGAGCUGCACCAAGGCCUGGAGCUGCACCAAGGCCCGGAGCUGCACCAAGGCCUGGAGCUGCACCAAGGCCUGGAGCUGCACCAAGGCCUGGAGCUGCACCACGGCCUGGAGCUGCACCAAGGCCUGGAGCUGCACCAAGGCCUGGAGCUGCACCAAGGCCUGGAGCUGCACCAAGGCCCGGAGCUGCACCAAGGCCUGGAGCUGCACCACGGCCUGGAGCUGCACCAAGGCCCGGAGCUGCACCACGGCCUGGAGCUGCACCAAGGCCUGGAGCUGCACCAAGGCCUGGAGCUGCACCAAGGCCUGGAGCUGCACCAAGGCCCGGAGCUGCACCAAGGUCCGGAGCUGCACCAAGGCCUGGAGCUGCACCAAGGCCUGGAGCUUGGAGCUGCACCAAGGAGAAUGUGGGACGGGAUCCAAGUGGACGGGAUCCUGAGCGGGACUGUGUGA